CUCCCGGUGAUAUAGAGAGAGAGAGAGAGAGACAAAGAAGAAGAAGCAUCUUCUUCUAAGUGGGUGAUGCCAAGAACCCAUUGACAUCAUCAUCAUCUCUCUCUCUCUCUCUCUCUCUGUGGAUCUGAAGUUGGGUUUUUGUUCUAGUGGGUGUUGUUGUGAUCAGAAGAGCUCACUUGGGUGUCAGCUUUUUUCUCUUUCGGGCAAUCCUGAGUUAUCAUGCAGAAUUUACGUGCACUUCUUCUGUAAGGGCUUGCAUUCGCUUUCUUUGCCUUUUGUUCUUGCUUGUUCCACUCACUCUACUAGUCCAGCUCUUGCCUAUUUGUCCAAAACGUAACUCAGAAGCGAAUAUCACUCCCAACUUCAGCACCACAGAGCCAGAAAAAGGAGGAGGAGAGAAUAGGAAAAACAGCAACGUUUUCUGUGGGGUAUAGAAUCCAGCACUUUAUUAUAUAAGCGCUGACAUACUUCACCGUUCUCCUUGUCCAUCGAGUUACGCUUCUUUGCGCUCUCUCCCCCUUCGAGCUGCUUAUUUAUACAUCUAUUACGAUGGACCGCCCGCCGAUGUUCUCUGUCCCGGACGGCUUCUUGGGCCAAAUCAGGCUGGUCUUGCAACAGACUAGAGAGCCUCUGAUAGUUCCAUUGCUGAAGGUAUUGGUGGUAGUGUGCUUGGUGAUGUCCACAAUGCUGUUUGUGGAGAGGGUCUACAUGGGGAUCGUUAUCUUCUUCAUCAAGCUGCUUCGGCAGCGACCUGAGAAGCAGUACAAGUGGGACGCAAUGAGGGACGACAUCGAGGCUGGGAGUUCAUCUUAUCCCAUGGUGCUAGUGCAAAUCCCCAUGUACAACGAGAAAGAGGUUUACCAGCUAUCGAUUGGAGCUGCGUGUGGGCUUUCGUGGCCAGCUGAUCGGAUCAUAAUACAAAUUCUUGACGAUUCAACAGACCCGGCUAUUAAGGAGCUGAAGAAACUAGAGUGCCAAAGAUGGGCGAGCAAAGGCAUCAACAUAAAGUAUGAGAUUCGAGACAACAGGAAAGGUUACAAAGCCGGGGCACUCAGGGAAGGCAUGAAGCACAGCUAUGUCAAACAAUGCGACUAUGUGGCGAUCUUCGAUGCCGAUUUCCAACCUGAGCCCGAUUUUCUGUGGCGGACCAUACCUUUCUUAGUCCACAACCUGGAAAUCGGGCUCGUCCAAGCUCGGUGGAAGUUCGCUGACAGUGUUCUUGAUGGUGUUGCAGUGAAUUCUGAUGAAUGCUUAAUGACGAGGAUGCAAGAAAUGUCACUAGACUACCACUUCACCGUGGAGCAGGAAGUGGGCUCUGCAACCUAUGCCUUCUUCGGCUUCAACGGGACGGCCGGGGUGUGGAGGAUCUCGGCUCUGAACGAGGCAGGAGGAUGGAAAGACAGAACGACCGUUGAGGACAUGGAUCUGGCUGUGCGGGCUAGUCUCAAAGGAUGGAAAUUCGUCUAUGUCAGUGACAUCAAGGUGAAGAGUGAAUUGCCAAGCACGUUCAGGGCGUUCCGCCACCAGCAGCAUCGGUGGUCUUGUGGCCCCGCCAAUCUCUUCCGGAAAAUGGCCGGGGAAAUCAUCAGGAACAAGAAAGUGUCCCUUUGGAAGAAGUUCUACGUGAUAUACAGCUUUUUCUUCGUCCGGAAGAUCGUGGCCCACAUCGUCACAUUCGUGUUCUAUUGCAUCGUCAUGCCGGCCACCGUGCUGGUUCCGGAAGUAGAAGUACCCAAAUGGGGGGCUGUCUAUAUCCCCUGCACUGUUACCAUCCUGAAUGCAGUUGGUACUCCAAGGUCACUUCAUCUGCUGGUGUUCUGGGUCCUGUUCGAGAACGUGAUGGCUCUGCACCGGACCAAGGCGACCUUCAUCGGGCUGCUGGAGGUGGGGCGAGUGAACGAGUGGGUCGUCACGCAGAAACUGGGCGACGCGCUCAAGACGAAGUCCGGCAAAGCUCACAGGCGGCUUCGCGUCUGGAUCGGACAAAGAGUCCAUGUGCUGGAGCUCUGUGUUGGUGCCUACCUUUUCGUCUGCGGAUGCUACGACUUGGCCCACGGCAAGAACCGCUACUUCGUCUACCUCUUCCUUCAGUCCUUCACCUUCUUUGUUGCUGGGAUUGGCUAUGUGGGCACGUUUGUUCCCAUCUCUUAGUCUUAGCACACAGAAAUAGAAAAAAAU